AUGCUGCGGCUUACACGCGUGGUGCAAUGCGCCUUGACAGCCUCGUCGUCAUCGGCGUUGUUUGCCUCCACUCGCAGCUCCGGCGGCAGCAACAAGAGCGGCGGCGGUGGCGGCGGCAGUGGUGUCAUUAGCGGCGGUGGCGGUGACAACCGUCGCGGGGGAAAGAAGGGGCUGACGUCCUCCGCGCGCGCCAGUAGCAAGAGAAGAGGCGGCAACGGUGCUGCGUUAGACUUUGACCUUGCCUCCUUCGGCGUGGAAGGCGAUGGCAGCGACGGUGGCCUCCUGCUGCCGCCGCAGGGCGGGCUGCAGGUAUCUCCUUCCCGCCACCAAGAAAGGCUGCCGCAGUAUCUCCGCCCCCCGCUGCCGCCGUCGCUGUUGCUGGAGCGAGUUGCGGUGGAGGACGCGGUGGAGCAACAUGUUGAAACGCCGCCAAAGAGGAGGAAAAAUAAGAGGAAAAUGAAUAAUAAGCAUACAGCAGAUGAGGAUGAGGCCGCAGCAAUGGCGGGCGAGGAGGUCGAGGAGGACAAUGCGGGACGAGGCAUAUGGGCCGUUGACAGCCCCCAAAAUAAUGGCCAUGCCGCUUUCCCCGAUGAUGAUACGAGCAAUACCACUAGCAGCAGCAGCAGCAGCAGCAGCAAUAAUAGUAGCGCGCCGUCGAAUCCAUUCCGCGGGCUCCACGAGCACAUCACGCGCAGUUACCGCCUCGAUCAGGUGCUUGCUGUCACGCGGCCGGUAGAUAUGCUUGUGGGGCGGCAGGAGAGCAAAUCAGGUGCGUUCUCCUUCAUUCGCUUCGAGUGUGGCCCGCAGUUUCUGGAAGACAACCGCAACAGCACUGCGACAGGCGCGAGCCUUGGCAGCGCCCACAAUGACUCGGCUCUCGUUGUGGCCGAGCGCCUGCUCGACUUCCCACCACACAUGCGUCACUUCCACAGCAUCUGCGGCCGCGAGAAUGUCCCGUGCGACUUCUUUGCGGACGUCGACCUCCCUAACGAGACGCCAGCGGUGGGGGAGAAGGUGCUGCUGGAGAUGCUCAACUACCUCGAGGUGCGGCUCCACGGCAUCGGCUUCCUGGAGCCCUCAUUUCUCGUGCUUACAAACGAGGUGCCGAGUGCGGACAAGGUUUCGUAUCACGUGCACGCCCGCGCCAUGGGCACGCCGGGCGAGGACCACGAGGAGACCGGCGGCAGCGGCGACGACGGCGUCGACAGUGACACCACCAGCAUGGACAAACCAACGCAGCAGCGGCAGAAGAAAAAGAAGGAGGCCGACGGGAAGAAGUCAGGGAAGCGAGGCCGACGGAGCGCGCAAAAGAUCGUCGCCUUUCAGGACUACCGCGUAGUGAAGCUGCUCGCGGACGAGGUGAACAUGACGUUAGGGCGGACCGUGGUGGAUGAGCAGUGCUACCGCGUCAACGGCAUGCUGCGCUGCGCCUACAGCAGCAAGCUUGCCGCCCAUUCCGCGGUGGCAGCAGCAGCAGCAGCAGGUGGUGGCGGCGCAGCGAGCCAGAAGGGCAAGCGACUUGUGCCGCUGCUGAAGGCACAGGACGCGGCGCUGCAGCGGCGUCUGAACGACAUGGCGGCGCAGAUCGGCGUCCUCAGUGAGGCGGAGAUCCUCGAGCGCACCUUCGGCGUCCGCUUCGCCCCCGUCGCCGAUACCCGCAGGGGCAGCAGCAGCAGCAGCAGUGGCGGCAGCGACACGCUGCGACACUUCCGCCUCAUCCGCGCGAAGCACGUGCUGGGGCCGCGGGACGCGCAGGCGGCGGAGUUCGACGCGUACGGCAACCCCGUCUCGGUGUACCUCACGGAGGGCGCCAAGUGGCGCCGCUUCAAGUCGGUGAUCCAGAAGCUGCGCCGCAUGCCCCCGCGCUCGGCGGAGAGCUACGACCUGUGGGUGCGCGUCGGCCUCGCGCUGCACAACUUCAGCAACGAGGACCAUGUCUUCGAGGAAUGGGUGCGCUUCUCGCUCAAGUGCCCACAGAAAUACUCCCGCGAGACGUGCAGGAAAAAGUGGCAGCAGUUCGAGCGCAACCCCGACGCCCUCAACUGGCGGCGCGGCUUCAACUACUUGAACUCCACCGUCUGGCGCUCUGUGCAGGGCGAAUGA